UCAACCCUCAUUCCUCCUAUAAAUUCACAUUUCCUGUAACCUCCCCUUCUUUUAAUCACAACAUAUAAUACCCAGAAACGCCUCUGCUUAUCUUCCUCUUCCAACCAAACUAAGAUGAAAGAGAAAUUGAUUAGCUGGUGAAGAUGGUCGUAAAGAUGAUGAAGUGGUCGUCCGCUUCUAAGAAGUUUCAGGUCAAGGUCAAGCCGUUGAAGCUCCAAGGACUCAAUCUGAAUCUCAAUGGAUGUGACCAUGAAUUGGAGCAGAAGAAGGAGAAAACAGAGAAGGUGAUUGUUUUGGAAAUGAAAUGGAGAGGCUCCAAGUCUGGAUUAGUUCCUCUGCGUCGAAACUCAUCGAAACAUCGCCGGAAUGUCUCAACACCUGUCGUUGUGAAAAGGGGCGAGGAAGUUAUCCAAUGGAACGACGAAUUCGAAUGCGUGUGCAGCUUUUCCAUCUUUCAGAAAGACAAUUCCUUCAAUCCGUGGGAUGUUUCCUUCAAUCUCUUAUAUGGGCCAAGUACAGAACCCACGAAGAGGCUUAUCCUGAUAGGGGCGGUUUCCUUAAACAUUGCAGAGUUAGCGUCGCUCAUGGAACCUCAGAUAGAAAGAAAGCUUCCGGUCUCUGUACGGGUGGCCGGUGUUUCCAGCGAAGCCAUGCUUUUGAUAUCGGUUAGCUUCGUCGAAAUCAGGAAUUCUCAAGAUUCGCUGGGAGUUGUUUAUAACGUGGGUGUGACCACUAAAGAAGAUAGGCUCUCGAAGAAGAAAAAGAAGAAGAAAGAGAACGCAGCCGACGACGGAGAGGAGAGUGAUGACAGCUAUUCCGGCGGCAGCGAUGACCAGGGCUCUGACUCAGAAGAAUCACCCGACGCCAAUAAUAGUUUAACUCGGGGCCAGGGUUCUACGCCUUGCGUGGUGGCGGCGACGAAAGAAGAGCCUUCGGUUUACUAUGGUAACGGCAGCUGUAAGGAGAACAGUUCAGAAACUCAGAUGGAAUCGUCUCUGAGUCGGAGGACCUGGUUGCGUUCGGUAUCUAAGAUUGGGUUGCUGUCGUGGAAGAAGAGAAGGCCAAGUUCCGUAUCCUCCAAGGGGCAACAGAAAACGAAUGAGACUUCGACGGUGGAAUCGUCUUCGAUGGACAUCACCUUGGGUAGCUGGGAAGAGAAGGAGCUGAUGAGCAGAGACGGGCAGGCGAAGCUUAAAGCCAAUGUCUUCUUCGCAUCGAUAGAUCAGCGAAGCGAGAAGGCAGCGGGGGAGAGUGCUUGCACAGCCCUCGUCACAGUGAUCGCUGAGUGGCUUCAUUCAAACGUAGACGCUAUGCCGUCGUGGUCUGAGUUCGAUAAUCUGAUCAAAGAAGGUUCUUCUGAGUGGCGGAAGCUCUGCGACAACGAGGUCUAUUUACAGCGAUUCCCCGACAAGCACUUCGACCUUGAGACAAUGUUAGAAGCGGAGCUGAGGCCAGUUUCCAUCAAGCCUGAGAAGUCCUUCGUUGGGUUCUUCUGUCCUGAAAAGUUUGAGUCUUUGAAGGGUACCAUGUGCUUCGAUGGGAUAUGGGAUGAGAUUAGCAAGAACGUCAAAGAAGCUGAGCCGAAGGUGUACAUAGUUAGCUGGAACGAUCAUUUCUUCGUUUUGAAGGUAGAGACCGAUGCUUAUUACAUCAUCGACACCCUAGGAGAACGGCUUUUCGAGGGUUGCAACAACGCCUACAUAUUGAAGUUCGAUGACAGAUCCUGCUUGUACAGAUUGCCGGAGAAUGCAGCAAAAGAAGACACAAAGGACGAAGGAAAAGGAGAGAAAGAGAAAGAGAAAGUGAAAGUGAAAGGCUGGUUUGUAGUGGGAAGGAGUGUUGUAGGGAAUUUAUAAAGAGAUUCUUUGCCGCUAUCCCAUUAAGUGAAUUGGAGAAGGAAGAGGAGAAGGGAACAGCUUCUAUUGUGUCCCUUCAUCAACGUUUGCAGAUCGAGUUCCACUUUAGCUCAGCUUCUACUUCUCCUUCAUCAUCGUCAUGUUCGUUUCCAUCAUUAUCUUCUUCUUGUCAUUCUCCAUCAACAUCUUUAUCUUCUUCUUCGGAUGAAUACGAUUAUAGAUGUGUUUAGUAGUUCAAUUUGUACAUUUCAGAAACCAUUACUGCCAAUUAAUUACAACCUCAAAAGGCUAAGAUCCCACAUCAAGCAUUGACCUUUUGGUAUCGUAUUUGUCUUUUGAUACCAGUUGAUACCA